AUGGCAUCCUUCUCUAGGCACAAGAAAAUUUGCAGGACUUCUCAGUCAAGCUCUGAGUCCAGUGCCUUGGACCCCUCUGACUCGGAGAAGUCAGAUUCCUCUAAUAGCUCUGAUUUAGGGGAUGAUGAAGGCAAGAAGGAGGAGGAAAAAGUGGAAGACAAAAAGGAUGAGGAGGAGAUGGAGGAGCGUGUUAGGAAUUUUGGAGAGAGUGGGGCCCAACAGGUAGAUGUCCCACCUAUCUUUCAGGGUGAUUGGACUUUGAAGCUCCCUACCAAAGCCAAACUUUCAGGCACCGGGAGGAAGAAGAGUGCAAAAGUUUCUUCUGUAAAGAAACCUAAGACUCAAACAAAAACAAAAGUCAUUCCUUCAACCCAAAAGGCUUUUGUGCAAGAAAUGACUUUUGAUGAGGAAAUAGAAUCCAAUGUUGAAAUGGGGGAUUCAAAUCGGGCGUAUGCCAAAAAUUCUCAAGAUAAAGAAGACCUUAAAGAAGCUACUUCCAAGGACCAAGAGAGUGAAAGCACCAAGACAAACUUUGAUCCAUUGCUCUCAUUACUUUAUCUUGAUUUGAAAGCAACAUGUUUUUAG